AUGCAAAAACGCCAACUUUCUGCAACUCGCACACGUUUGACGCUUCAUGCGGAACCCCAGAUUGAUGCGAUCUAUCACACCGGCGUGGUAGUCGGCGGUAUUGAGUACUUUUUUGGAGGCGGUGUACAACGUUGCAUCGCUGGACAGACCCCGUUCGGGGCUCCCCUACGUACUGUGGAGCUUGGAGUCACCCAUAUACCUAAGGACGUGCGGGAAGAGUUGCUUGCGGACUUGAGUACACGUUAUAAACCACAAGAUUACAACCUUAUCACUAAGAACUGCAACCACUUCUCCAGUGCCUGGGCGGAGCUGCUCACCGGAAACCCCAUUCCGGACGAGUAUGUCGGCCAAGCCCAGCGGAUUUUGCAAUCGCCCAUUGGGCAGAUGCUGCUGCCCAUAAUGGAGCAAAUGGAACAGCAGUACGGCAACGUGACAGCGGCUGGCUUCCAGCAACCACCAACAGGCGGUCGGUAGGGGUGUGAAGCACAUCCUUCACCUUGUGGCCAAGGCCGCGUGCGGCCCUUGCGGCUCUAGGCACGUAGGUCCAAGGCAAGAGGAACGUUAACACCAUUUACAGGAGCGUCUUCAUUCAUUCAGUAGUAUUCCAGUCUCCAUCGGACCUGUGCUGCCAGGGGCAGAUAGCCUCUGCCCUCUCGUAUGACUGCGGUGCUCCCAAAUUGCCGAGUUGUACUAGUGGUAGUGGUAUAAUGCGUCGUGUGCAGUUAUACUUAACACCGUGGCUACCCAUCGCAGGCAGGAUAACGACACAAAUUUUAGCCGCCGCUUUGUGUGCGCGUGCCAAGGCAACGCUUGGUGGCGGUUGUGGAACGGUUCCGGAUAGUUUCGGUUGUGGAAUGGUUUCCGUUUCUAACUGGGCGGCACAAUCGACGGGUAGGUGAUGAGACUUGCUA